UUAAAAAAUAUAAUUUAAAUGAAUAUUAAAAGAAACAAGAAAAUAUGGGAUCAGAAUGUUAUUAUGAACUUCUAAGGAGAUCCCGUUUGAUAGCACUUCCAAGACCCAUUGGAAAAAGAACAGUAGAAAAAUAUUACCCAACACAUCAGAUCAUAAGAACCCCAGCCAGUUCUCAUUUUAGGGGAAAUUGGGGUCUUAAACGUGAUAUGCCUCAAGUGAAAAGCUCGCAUAUUUCUAUUGAUUCACUUGAUACAUUAGAACAUCAAACACUUUUUAAAAGCGGGAACACAGAAUUUAAUUUUCUUGAACGCUGGAAGGAAAUGGGAAUACAUUUGUAUACUACGAAUGCAGGAAAGGAUGAUAUAAACGAUACAAAUAGAUAUGAGAGAAUACAUAUGGUACCUUUUUCACCUUUUACAAAACUCAAAAAUACUACAGAAAAUUCUUUACAUAAAAAUAUAUCAGAAAUGUCUCUUAAAGAAUUUAAGAAUUAUAUUAAGAAACUAAGAACAAAAAAGAAAUAUUUUAUAGACUUUAUGAAACAAAAGCAACAAGAAGAAUCAUUUGAAGAUGAACAGAAAAGAGAAUUACAACUUUCUAAAUCCUUAGGAACACAAAAAACGCAUCUUUUAAUAAAUGAAUAUAUUAAGAAAUUCUUAAAUAUUCCAGAAAAUAAUCAAAAAAUUCGAAAAACCUUUCCAAAUUCAGGAUUAGAUUAUCGCCCUUAUGGUUAUCUUUCUCCUGUUAUAGAGUCUAAUAAUUUAAGAAAAAAACUAUUACCAGCACGUAUAUUGUCUAUAAAGCCAAACAAUAAAAAGGUUCUUUUUGGUGGAAUAGUUGCACAUGUUCUAGAAAAAAGCGAAAUACCCAAUUCUAUCAAUGGAACGAAAGAAAUCCGUGAAAGUGUCGUUAAUGUAACACCUAAAUUUGCACAAAUAUCACCAGAAGGAAAACUAGAAAUUUAUGUGAAAUUUAUGGAUACUACUAAAAAUCACCAACUAAUUCAGCGUAAGAAAUUUGAAAAAAGCGAGUUACAUCAUGAAAAACAUUUUUAAUAAUAUCGAUUAUUUAAUAAUGCAAUAUACAUAGACAUAUUCA